CUUGCAUAUUUAUAGAUGAGUCGUUCACUACUUAGCGGCACACCAACAACUAGAAGAAGCGUAUUUCGGAGCUCCUAUGCACAGAGUCUCGCUGCUGUUUCUGGCCGUUCAGCUUGAUGCAUAUUUGUCCUACCAAGCUUUUAACUAGAACCGUUGGUGUAGUAACAAUUCUGGGCUCUUUAAGCAGUAUCAGAAUCCAUAGCCAUGCCGCGAUGGAAGCUCAUCCCUAUCAGCAACCUCGCUGCUGAGCUGACUUCGGACAUCCAUCUGACUGGUUCCCUGCGGAUUGGUCGAAAUGUUACGGGGCAGGAUGCCUUGACUCUACCCGCUGCGCUAACGCAAUUUUCGGGUGUGCAUUGCCGCGUCUACCCUGACCUCUCUACGGGCACCGUGAUAUGGCUUAUCGAGGACACAUCGACGAACGGCACCUUUCUAGACGGGGAACGGAUCGGCCGCAACACCUCGGCGCGGCUUGUGGAGGGAACCAGACUGCGGCUUAGCUCCCCUCCGCAGGACGUGAUAGAGUUUGACUUUGUCCGAGACGAUGGGGACGAUGAGAGAGGUGACAACUACAGCCACUACAGCCGGCCGCAACCCCAACACAACAAUGCUCAACAACAGCAGCAGCUGCUGCAGCAGCAAUUGCAACUGCAACAACAACAGCAAUACCAUGCGUUGCAACAGCAGCAAUACGGCGGCAAUACGACAUCACAUCGCAUGGGGAUAUCCUCGCAUGCAGGUGUUGGUGCCACUGCUAGUGGAAGGGCCCCACAACAACAACAACAACAGCAGCAACAGCAACAGCACACCGUGUACGGCAUAACUAGCGGUGGCGGCGGCGCUGCGGGUGUUGGUGUUGGCGGCGGCGUGGGAAGUGGGCCACUACAGGGGGAUGGCGGCAUGAGCCUCGGGAAUGGCGCUGCCGCCAUUGGGAACACCGCUCAACCGCAGGCUAACAGCAACAAGCGAAAGGCCAACGAGCUCCAUGGCGCAGACGGCCCGGACGACAUGCCCUCAGCCAACCCCACACCCUCCGCCGCAGCCGCCCGGAACGUCAUGCGCCGCAUGGUAGCCAACAAUAACGCCGCCGGCGGCGCAGCUGGUGGCGGCGGCGGAGUAACUAUGUCGUACGGCAUGCCGCCGAUGCCGGGCAUGCAGGUCGGGGGCACCGCCGCCGCCGCCGCUGCCGCGGCAGCAGCAGCAGCGGCUGGGGCGGGCAUGGGGACGCGUCCCUCGCCAACCACGAGUUUCUACCCUGGAGGCAUGACAGCGGCGGCGCUUGGCGGAGGUGGAGGCGGCGGCGGUGGCGCUGGCGGCGGCGGCGGUAGCGGCUCUGCGGAGCAUGUGAUGCACCUGCAGGCGCAGCUGCGGGCGGAGAAGAGCGAUAAGGAGUCCCAGAAGCGGCAGCUGGAGCAGCUGCGUCGCGAGUACGAGGACGCGGCUCGCAGCCUGGCAGCGCUGCGGGAGGAGCACGCGAGGCUCCUGGAGCGGGGAGCGCAGGAGAAGCAAACGUGGUCCAGUCGCGAGGAGAGCUUGCGCAGCAUGCUGGCUGCCGCCGAAUCGCGCGCGGAGUUGCUGUCCCGCCAGGCGGACCAGGCGGCGGAGCGGGGCCGGGGGGAGCUGGCGGAGGCGGAGGCGGCCAGGAGGGCGGCGGAGAGGGAGGCGGCGGAGGCAAAGGCCCAGCUGUCCAGCGCUCGUGAGGAGGUGGAGCGGCUGGCGGCGGAGGUGCGGGGCGAGCGCAGCGAGGCGGCGGCUCAGCGGGCGGCGGCGGCGGCGGCGCGGCGGGAGGUGGAGGCGGUGCGGGAGACGCUGGCGGCGGAGCAGCGGGAGAGGAAGGCGGAGCAGGACCGCGCCGACCGCCUGGCGGCUCAAGUGGAGGUGGAGAAGACCUCCGCGGCGGCUGCUAGGAGGCUGGCAGAGCAGCAGCAGGCGGAGGUGCGCGCGGCUCGGAGCCAGGCGGAAGACGAACAGCGCGGGCGGAGAGCGGCCGGCGAGGAGGUGCUCUGCCUGCGCAGCCAGCUGGAGGACGCCCGGCGGCAGCUCUCCGAGUCCCACGAGCGCCUCUCCGCCCUGCAGGACGAGCUGUCCGCCCGGCAGCACCGGCUGUUGGGGCUGUCCAAGACGCAGGCGCAUGCUGAGCAGCUGGUGGGGGGGCUGCAGCAGGCGGUGGCGGCGCUGGCGCACACGCAUGCAAGCCUGGGACGGCAGUACGCGGAGGUGCUUUCGGUCGUUGCGACGACGGAUGAGGGAUUGGUGGCGGGUGCGGGUGGUGGUGGGGGUGGGGGUGCGCAUCAAGAGGGUGGUGAGGGAGGUCAGCAGCAACAGCAGCAGCAGCAGAUGUUGGGGUUGGCGGGACUGGGGAUGCAGACGGAAUCCACGUGUGGGGAUGAGCACACCGGAGUGUUGGGGCUGGCAGCGAAUGGAGGAGGAGUUGGAGGCUCAACAGCGGCUGCAGGGGCGGGGUUCCAGCAGUUUUCGUUGCAUGGCGGCCGGCCGCAGCAGCAGCAGCAGCUGCAGCAGGCAUCGCAGCUGGGGGCUGGCGGCGGUGGAGGCGGCGGUUUGACAGCGGGCUCGCUGGGUGGUGGUCAGAUGGCGACGUUGCAGCUGCAACACCCGUCAUCGUUGACGCCUUUUCAGUUCUCGGGUUCUGGAGCCGCAGCGGGUGGCGACGGCGGCAGCGGAGGAGGAGUCGGCGGCGGCGGCGGUGUUGGCUUUGGUAGCGUGGAGCCGAACGGAGCGAUGCUGCUGACACCCGUAGCAGGUCUGGGGGCUGGAGCGGCAACUGUUGCGGCCACUCCCAACCUGACGCAACAGCUGCAGAUGCUGUCGCAACAACAACAGCAGCAACAACAUCGCUACUUGCAACAAGCCCUGCAGCAGCAACAACAAGCUGCUUCGGGUAGAGCUGCCCUGGCUUGCAUGGUUCCGUCUUCCCAGCAGCAGCUGGCGGUAGCGUCGCUGGGUAGCGGAGGCGUCGGCAUUAACGGCAACGGUGGGGGUUUCCAGACCGUUGCAUGCACUCCAGCCGUACGGCAGCAGCCGUCGGGAGGUGUUGCUGCUGCUACUGCCGGCGGCGGCAACGGCGGGGCCAUUAUAGAGGCCAUGGGGGGUAUCCUGGGCGCAGGCGGCGGAACUCAACCGGACAUGGGUGGAGGAGGAGGCUUCCUAACCCCGCACCUGCCGCACUUACCGCUACCUGCGAGCGAGCCGCAGAAUCAGCAACAAGAGGAUGGGGAGCUCAUGUUUGUUUCUCCACGGCAGCAACAGCUAGAGCAACAGCUGGCGGCUAGUCAGCGGCAGCUGCAGCAAUCUCAACUGCAAUCCCAGGUCCUACAAUCGCAGCUGCAAGAGCAACUACAUUAUCAAAAGCAGGUACAGCAGCUAGCAUCGCAUGAGAUGCUGCGUGCAGCAACGGCAGCGGCAGGUAUUGAGGCGGCUCGUACGCUCAAUGGCGGCGGCGACGGCGGUGGGGCUGACGGCGACGGUGGCGGCGGCGGCGGCGGUGGCAACGACGGGGCCACGAUGUCAGGUGCCUCUACAAGUCAGCACACCACCCCCGCUGCUGCCGUCGGCGCCAGACGCAGCGGUGGUGUGACCGAGGAACGUCAAGACGAAAACUUGGGGGCUGCUGCGGAGGAGGAAGCCGAGGAGGAGGGUGACGGUUACACCAGCCGCAUUCUUGAUAAGAGUGGCGGCGGCGGUGUUAGCGGCGGUGGUGGUGGUGGUGGUUUGGAGGCGGCCCGCAUUGGGACAGUGGCUAUGGACGUGGAUGCGGGGCCCAAUGCCUUGACUGGGACGCCGCAGCGGAGGCAGCGGUCGAGUGUCCUGUUGUCGCCUUCGCAACAACAACAACAACAACAACAACAACAGCUCGGGUUGCAGCUAAGGAACUUGGUUGCCACUGCUGACGGCGGCGGUGGAGGCGGUCUUUCCGCCCGUAGCUCCUCGCAACCGCCGGCGGCUGCGGCAGCAGCGCCGCUGGAUGGCGCCUUUGCCGGCGGCGGCGGCGGCGGCGCGGUCGUUGACGUUAAGACCGCCGUCAUCGGCGUCACGGUUCCGAGUACGGCAGCAGCAGCCGCCACGGCAGCAGCAGUAGCAGGAGGCGGACCCUGGGGAAAGCUGUUCAGCCGGCACCUGACACCCACCAAACAGCCACCAAUGGCGGCAGCGGCGCCGCCGCCGGCGCCGGCUGCGGUGGACCCUGACGCCGCCGUCACGCCCGCCAGCAGGCCGCGACCCAGUCGUGACGGCGGCAUUCCGGGCAGCGGAGGCUCCGCGACGAUGAGCGCGGAUAACGACAACACUGGAGGAAGCGGGGCGCAGCGGCGGCGGCAGCAGCAACAACAGCGGGAGAUGGGAAGUGGGGGUGGCAGUGGAGCCGCCGGCGGCGGCGGCAGUCGUGGGCUUGGUCGUGCGCUCUACGAUAACGACGGCGGCAACGGCGAUGGCGGCGUCGACGUCGCCCCACAGUCGCAGGAUUUUGAACGUGGCGGAGGCGGCAGCCAACAACAACUUCUGCCGCAGUUACGGGGCUUCAUGGAGGGUCAGCGGGACAGCCUCGCGCUCUCGCCGCCGUUGUACGGCGGUACUGCUGCUCUGGGAGCCACCACCGCCGCUGCCGAUAAUGGUGGCGGCGGCGCUGGCGGCGACGACUUUCCGACGACUGCGUUGCUGCCCCCGCCAGGAUCCGAGGAUGCAGCGGGCGGCGAGGGCGGUCAGGAUACGGGGCCGGCUGCGGGUGUCGGCCAAGAUGCGGCUGGCGCUGCUGCUGCCGAUGGUGUUGAUGAAGAUAUGGACCUUAUGGACUGAAGACGUGCGGGUCAAAGGCAGCAAUCGAGUUGCAUACUAAAUGUGUGUAAUAGGAGGGAGGUGGUGGAGGUUGAAAGGAGGGUGGUGGUGUGCGAAUGCUGUGUGAGAAUUCCUUGGGACAGUUCCCUGGGGGUUGCGUGCUGCGGGUGCACGCUAUCUGCAUGUUUUUGCGAAGAUUAAGAUUGUUAGCGUGGCGCAGAGGUACAAUGCAUGGGUAUGACGAUUACAGAUAUGGCCAUCAGGCAGCGAAGAAUGCU